UGAAUCGGAAAAACAUAAAUCGCUUACCAAAAUGAAUAAGGAGUGGUCAAGGGCUGUGCCCUUUAUUCCCAAGGAUAAUCUUACGACUGAGGCUAAAAAUCGGGCAGCCAAGUUUGUGGCAUCCACUGAUACGGAUUGCGCUCCUGUAUCGAUGUCGUAUCUUAUUGGCGGAGAGUAUGGUCGAAUUUGGCUAAGAGAUCGCGACACCUUUGUGAAGGAACGCAUUAAGGCUGUGAGGCCGAAAUUUAUCAAAAAUGACUUCGAAUGGUGGCUGAAGCAGCGUGUAAAAACAAAACGUUCUGCAAAACUUAAGGGAUAAAGCGGAAAUUAUUAUAUUAUUUUUUUCAAUAAUAAUAACUUAAAAUCGUGCAAUAAA